AUGGCAGAGAAGCCGUCGGUGUUGAUCAUCGGCGGUCUCGGGUACAUUGGCCGAUGGCUGGCCUACUACAUCCACAAAAACGACCUUGCGUCUGAGGUGCGCAUUGUCGACAAGGUGCUGCCGCAGCUGGCCUGGCUGCCGCCUGAGUUCGAGGAGGCCUGCUCUGGCUCCAAGUUUGUGCAGGCUGAUGCCAGCCGGGAGCAAUCCCUCCCCCGGAUAUUCGACCGGCCCGACGGCAAGACAUGGGAUUACGUGUUCAACUGCGGCGGCGAGACGCGUUACUCGCAGGAAGAUGAGGUGUACCGGCUGCGGUCGUUGGGCCUGUCUCUUAACAUUGGCCGUGAGGCCGCUAAACGUGGCGUCAAGUGUUUCGUCGAGCUAAGCACUGGCAUGGUGUAUAAGCCCGACUCGCAGCCAAGCAAGGAGGGCGAUAAACUCAAGCCGUGGAGCAAGAUUGCCGUGUUCAAGCUGCAGGCCGAGGAGGAGCUGAGCAAGAUCGAGGGGCUCAACCUCGUCAUCGUCCGCCUCCCGCACGUCUACGGGCCGUACGCCUCGCAAUGGGUUGCCACCGCUCUCUGCAUGGCCCGCGUCUACAAGGCCCUUGAAUCCGAAAUGAAGUGGCUGUGGACCAAGGAUUUGCGCACCAACACCGCACACAUCCACGACGUGGUGCGCGCGCUGUGGGCCGUGGCCGACUGGUACGACGCCAAGGGCAAGGCCAACUGGGAUGAGUCUUCGAUGGGCAAGAUUCCCAUCUUCAAUGUUGUCGACCACGGCUGCACGACGCAGGGCACCCUGGCCGACAUCAUCGGCGAAAUCUUCGGGAUUGAGACCGGAUUUCAGGGUCAGUUGAUCAGCACGUUUGCUAAGCUCAACCUGGACAGUGUCGUGGAUGAUGUCAAUGAUGAGUUGUUGGGCCCAUGGUCGGAUCUGCUCGAGGAGGCGGGCAUCACGAAGCCGGGCCCGCUGACGCCGUUUAUGGAGAAGGAGUUGUUGAAGGACACCGAUCUGAGUAUGGACGGGUCAAGGCUCGAGCAGGUGGUGGGCUUUGAGUAUGAGAGGCCGCAGAUGACGAAGGAGCUGAUCGAGGAGGUGAUUGAGAGUUAUAAGAAGAUGAACUGGUGGCCGUAA